CGACGUGCUGACGUCACCGCGGUGCGUCGGCGGUGGCUCGCUGUGGAGGAAUGUGCGGAAACUUCUCUGUCUACACUUUUCUCUCUGCUCUGUUCGUCGAAGAAAAUAAACCACAACGCUGGGAAAAAAAGUCCACGAAACUUGAGUAAACUUUGGAACGGAGGAGUCGCUUUUCGUCCCUGUGGAGGUGAACAGCUGAACUCCACAUGGCCGCUCAGACAGUGUUUUCAGUGGAGAUGUUUCCUGUGGGUGUUUCUCUGAUGGAAGAUGGUCAGAAUCUCAGCGACAUGCCCAGGAACAUGCUGCCUGCUCCUCAGCUGGUGAUGCUGGCCAACGUGGCUGCGGUUACAGCGUCGGAGGGUGGCGGCUGUGAUGGCAGCGCUGCUGACGAGAAGGAGAUGAUGGAGCUGAAGACGGUGGGAUGCAGCUACUCGGACAGCGAAGACGAGAGCAUCAUCAGGUACAGCUAUGACAACCAGAACCACAGAGAGGUCUGUAUCAUCGAGUAUCCAGAGUCUCCAGGCCCGGGCAUCGAAGCUGUGGUCGUCGGUAACGAAGCUGAAGAGGAAGAGGAGGAAAAUGGGGACAAAGCUGAAGACCUUUCCCACCACCCUCAGCCCCAACCCUCCACCAGCACCAGAACACCUCAGCUGGUCGCCAAGCGAAAAGACAGCCUCGCCACCGUGACAGAGAGCGUGAAGAAGAAGAAACCUUUCCACUGUAAACCGUGUCACUUCCAGGCUCAGAACGAACAGGAGUUUGUAGAACACCUCAGCACUCACAGCAUCAGCAAGAUGAUGGUGGUGAACCGGGUAGAGGGGCGCAGCAAAACCAAGACCAAGGAGGCAGAAACACCUGAGUCCCAGGCUUCAUCAGGUGGGGAGGGGGACGGCAGCGGGGAGCCAGGGGCCGUGGUGACAGCAGGUGACAUCAAAGGCUUGAUCAGGUGUGAACGGUGCGGAUACAACACCAACAGAUACGACCAUUACAUCGCUCACCUGAAACACCACAGCAAGGAGGGAGAGGACCACAGGGUGUUUAAGUGCACUCUGUGUCCAUACACCACCGUCAGUCAGUACCACUGGAGGAAACAUCUGAGGAAUCACUUCCCUAGCAAACUGCACACAUGCAGCCAGUGUUCCUACUUCUCAGACCGCAAGAGCAACUACAUCCAACACAUCCGGACUCACACAGGCGUGCGUCCUUUCCAGUGUCCAUACUGUGACUACUCCAGUUCACAGAAAACCCACCUGACCCGACACAUGAGGACUCACUCAGGUGAGCGUCCUUUCAAGUGUGAGAGCUGUAACUACCUGGCAGCCAAUCAGCAUGAGGUGACCCGCCACGCCCGGCAGGUCCACAACGGGCCAAAACCUCUCUCCUGCCCCUACUGUGACUACAAGACCGCUGACCGCAGCAACUUCAAGAAGCACGUCGAACUCCACCUAAACCCCCGCCAGUUCCUCUGUCCACUCUGCAAGUACGCCGCCUCCAAGAAAUGCAACCUGCAGUACCACAUCAAGUCCAGGCACUCUGGAUGCAACGUUUCUGUGGACGUCUCUAAAGUCAAACUGCGUGUCAAGAAACCCGGUCCUGACAGUGCAGAGGAAAACUCAGACUCCAGAGCAAGCAAGUUUGACAAUUCAUCCGGCGUUGAGGAGGACUUUGACGUGGACAACGGUGAGGAGGAUGAGGCUGUGGACUCGACCCCUAUCAAUCUGUCAAUAAGGAAGAGCAGCAGGCCCACCAACACUCAACCUGUGCAGAGCGAAACACCAGACAAGACUCAGAAGAAAUCCACCUCUUCUGAGAAAGAGAAACUACCUAGGAUGAAGGACAAGGUGGAACCGGAGAAAAAAGUCACGACGAGGCAAAAGAAGACGGAGAAGGUCAACGAGAAUCCUGCAGAGAACUCAACUGUUAAAGAAACCCAGACAGAGACGAUAUCAGCUGCUGUAACUACAGACAGCAAGGUAAAGAGACGAGUCAAGAAGCUGCUGGCGGAGAAACCGACUGUUCAGGACCGAGCAGAAGUACCUGAAGACCAAAUGGAGACAGAGAAAUCUGACCAACAUAGAUCCAAGGAGGAAAGAAUAGUCAGGCAAAAAAUGGCAAAAGAGGAAGAAAAGUUGAGGCCUGAGAAGGAAAAAGAACAGAAGAAGAAUGAUGGCAGUGGCAAGGAGAACAAAAGCCUCAACAAGUCCAGGAAGUCUGGAUCAAAGAAGACGGAGAAAAUUACAGAACGUGUGGAAGAAGCUCAGCAGAAACCAGAAAGUCAUGAGAAAACACAAAAGGAAAAGGUGGUCAAAGAAAAGGCAGCCGGAAAGAGGAAAGCAGUGGAGGCAUUAGAUCUUUCCAAAAAGUGCUCAUCUGAGACGCCAUCCAAGGCCAGGCGACUGAAAGCCACAGCUGCCGGAAAGCUGCUCUCAAAACCUGCGUUAGAAGACACUAACAAGUCAAAUGAUGCCAUUCCAAUGCAGCACAAGUCCAAUGGGACACCACCAGUAAAGCAAAAGAAGACCAGGAACUCCAACAAGAAAGCCGCGGGCCUUCAACAAACUAAGGAUCCAGCUAAAGACAAGACAACGUCAGUCAACAGUCCAUCCACAGAGUGUCCAGAAGCAUCCGCUCAGCUGUACACCUCAACGCAAACCACAAAGUCUGAGCACCAGCCGACAGAAAACAGCCCUGCGCAGAAGAAAUCCCCCACAGAUGAAACAAUUCCAAUUGCGCUAGAAACGACACUGAAUGAACCCUCAGAGAAGAUGGAAGUUUCACCCACCUGCAGCUCAGGCGAGGGGACACACUCUCCAACUGAAGAACGCCUUGCUCCGACCUUCCUUAAACCCACAUCACCGCCCUCUCUGGUUCUUCCAAGCCAGCGCAUCAAACCCUCCGACCCGGAGGACGACGAAGGGAUCCACAGCAGUCACGAAGGGGGAAGUGACAUCAGCGACAGCGCCUCUGAGGGCAGCGACGACUCCGGCCUCAACGGCAACGGUGCCGGGUCAGGUAAGAUGGCCAACGACCCUGAAACGCCCACCGAUGAGAUCCCGACGCCGACGGAGCUCAAGAAUCACAUGUGCAUCUUCUGUGACCGUACAUUCCCUUUGGAGGUGGAGUACCGCCGGCACCUGAACCGUCACCUCGUCAACGUCUAUUACAUGGACAACACCGCCAAAGGACAUAAAUGAGGAACUGUAUCCACGGCAACGUAUUUUGUCAUGGACUUUGUUUAAAGCAGAAACUUUGAUUUCUGCCGCCCUGAGCUCUAAAACCAGGCUGAACUGACAGGAACAAAAACACAAAAUACCUGUUAUUCCCAGUUAGAUGGUUGUCAUCAGCUGUCUCUUCAUACAAAUAUUUACACACAAACUGUUAGAGAGCCUGUUCUCUGAAAAAGACGGUUAUAUAAACUCACUGUGUGCCUCAGAAUUAGGGGUCUGAGCUUCAGCGGUGUGGUAAUUUUGUCAGAUAUUCUAAACCCACUUGUGCCAACUAGUCGCUGGCCUUUGGGCUCUGAGACCAAAUUGGUGUCAAACAUUAGUUUCAUUAUUUUUGUUAAAAUCAGUUGCAGAUUUUUAUUAUUUUUAUUGUUUGCAUCUACAUGAGCUUGAUCGGUUUGCACAGUCUCAUUUUUGGAAAAACUUCAUAUCUCAACAAUAGGGGACGUGUCUUCCCAGUAUGUCCUCCAAUGUUAUCAUAACCAACAACAGUUAUCGGGGCUGUCACAUGUUUCAAUAUCCGAUGACCCGUAUGUGCUCCAGAUUUUUUAUACCAAAGUUGGCACAAAUCUGACAUGAAGUGAAACUUAUUGAUUUGGUACUGGCACAGCGACAUGUUGGUCUGUCACCAAAACUGGUGCGCAGAUCCAACACGUUCUCCAGUACUGUCAAACUAAAUUUCUUUCAAAUCUGAUGAUGGUUCAGCAAAUCUUUACAUUAAAUAUGAGAAUACUUUGCCUUCCGUGGUCUUAUGUUGCCACCUAGUGUUCUGUCAGAGAACAGGGUCUGAGAAAGGCAUUGGAUCAGUGAACUUUGGUCCCUGGCUUCAUUGGGUACUUUGACCCUGGUAUACUUGCCUGCAGGUGUAGUUUUUUGGGUUGUAACUGCUUCAUGUAGUGAUAGCGCUCUGGUCUAAUGUCCUGUAUGCCCAGGUCUUCAUCACACUGAAGAACUUUUACAUUAAUUGGACGUUAGAUUCUGAUCUGACCUGAUGACAGUCGGCUCUGUAGACAUGUAAAUACACCGACGUGUACGUGGACGGCUUUUCUCUGUUCCGUUAUCAGAUCAUGUCCAACAGUCACACAUUGACUUUCAUUAUCUUUGUUAGUUUUGCAUCAUUUCUUCGAAUGAACUUUUAAAAGGACAAUUUUUGAAAAUCAGACUUUCCUCAUCCAAAUAUAUCAAUGAUUUCAUGAUCCCGACGAGAAGUUACUUACUGGGAUUUUGUGUCACGUCUGAAAAAGCUGAAAUGCUGCGUUGUCCGGCGAACACGCCGUCGUAGAAUCAUUAAACCUGAGUCGGUCAAAUUUUCUCCUUAUUCUCAGUUACAAACUGCGAUGUUGUAAUAUUGUGUGAAGAUGAGGUUAGAAAAACUGUUUAGUCCAAAUAUUAUUUCCUAUGCUCAAAGUGGAUUUUCCAUUUUUAAAAACCUUCAGUGCCUUUGACAAUCAUUUCUGUGUACGGUAAAACUUCUUCGCCUUUCCUUUUGUGGUUUAAGUAACUCGGGUGAAAUGACACCUCCUUUUUAUGUGCACAGGUUAUUUUAAUUUGUCUUUGGAUCGAUGGUUAAAGAAGUGCAGCUGUGUCUUCAAAAAUCAUUUCUGACAAGUCCAAAGAGACCGCGUGUUUGGUUUCUGAGCUUGAAGAUGAUCGGUCUUCCAUUACAGACAUUUUCUAGAAGGGGACACUUUUCAAAUCCGCCUUAAGUCACUGUUAAACAUCACCUUGUAUCUAUUCCUCUUUAGUUUAGGACUGUACAUUACACCCUUAGUAACACAUUAGUCUUGUUUAGGUGCCAGAGGAGAAUUAAAAAAAGUUGUUUCAAACUCUUUAAAAACUAUUUGUGUUGAACUGCAGGCUGUAGCUGAAGAAAAAGAAUAAAUGCAACAUGUUUCCUUGUGAAUAAUUUUGUGCAAUAUUCCCUUUUUAGUUGAGAUGCCAAAGUGAAUUUCAGUCUUGUGUCUGUGAUGCUCGUGUAGGUGUUUUCUUCUGACUGUAAAGGAGCGUUUUUUCAUCUUCCCCUCCCUGAUCUGUUUCCAUAAAAGACCAUUAUCGCCAGUAAGGACAGGAAAAGUUCAGCAUGAUGAAGAUAGAAAUUCUCGCAGCUAAAAAAAAAAAAAAAAAAGACUUUCCAAAUGGAAAGGGGGAGAUUGAUCAGACUCAUGAUUUACUGAGGAUUUUAUUUUGUCCAUUUCUCGUGGCAGCAGCAGCCUUUUCCUGGUUCAUAUGUGCUUUUAAACCUUUUAUUUUGGUGUCUGAUAGAUGAGACUGCUUGUUAGUGUGCAUCUGUAAUUAAAACAGCAGAGACAUAAGAGAUGAGGUCAACGUUAAAGGACAAUGCUGGGGUUAUUUUACAUUAGUAUAAACAACCGUUCCCCUGAAGGGCUGCAGGUCACAGUUAUAUUUUCAUUAUGGACUAUUCUGUCGAUUAUCGUUAUAAUUAACUGUUUAUAUAAACGGCCUGAUUUUGUCCAGCAACAGUCAAAAACCAUCAACAUCUGAAACACUGGAGAAACUGACUCCGCAGAAUGUUUGCACUAAUAAAAUGCAAUUAAUCACAACUGUUGAUCUUGAAGGUUCAUUAUUGACCUAGGAAACAGAAGUCUGACCAAAAAAAAAAAAAA